AGAUGGGGAAGCCAUAGGGAGUUUGUAUCAUGGCAACAGCUGAGGAUGGACUGGGACUGUUUGGUACCCGCUACGGUGCUGAAGCUUCCCCCUUCAAGGAAGGUGAUGAGAGCUCAGUGGAUAUUUACGAUGGCUUGGACAACAGUGUGACAGUUCCUGAAAAUUCUGCUCCAAAUUCUACACCAGCUGGAAACAGCUUAAAUUUAUUUGAUGAGAUAUUAAUUGAAGAAGGGACUGCAAAAGAAACAUCCUACAAUGAGUUGCAGGCAGAAUAUGGAAAAUGUCAGCAGCAAAUUAAAGAGUUGAUGAAGAAAUUUAAGGAAAUACAGGCACAGAAUAUCGUUCUACAGAAUGAAAACCAAGCUCUCAAAAAGAAUAUUUCAGCACUUAUCAAAACAGCAAGAGUGGAAAUUAACCGUAAGGAUGAAGAAAUCAGUAAUCUCCAUCAAAGGCUGUCGGAAUUUCCCAAUCAUCGAAGUAGCUUCACCAGAACAUACGUUCCAGGAUCAACUAAUGGACGGUGCUCUGAGAUGUGUAAAACAAAAGAUUCCAAAUUCAGACCUUCUGAUUUAGGUGACAGUAUAAAGACAGAGCAUAGAAUGAAAAAUGACUGUUCAAAAGAUACACACCACAGUUACUCAUUUCAUAAUAUGGACAAUGGGAAGUCUAGUUCCGAAAAAAGAAACACUCCAUAUUUACUGAAAUACCCUCCCGAAGAGCUCUGCAGUGAUGGUACUCAUACGUGUCUACCGAACUAUGACCAUAGUUCCAACAAGGAUAACAGAAAGGAAAGAAAAGAAAUGAAAAGUAAUGAACAUAGGGGAAAUGUCAACAAAUACAAAAGGGACAUACAUCAGAGCACUGGAAACAAUGGUAACUGUAACAAUGGUGACAGUGAAGAGGGGAACUCAGAUCCUCAGCAAAAGCUGAAAACCCCUUCAGAGAAGGCUAAUAAAAAUGAGUCGCAGCAAAAAAGUCAGAGCGUAAAACUCAAGUGCAGUGCAAGUGUAGAAAGAAGAGUAGAGAGGGUUGUUUCUUCCUGGGAGAAACAAACUACCGGCAAAGAGAGACUUCAAACAAGAGAUGAAUUGUAUGCUGAUGAGAGAUCACAAAAUCUAUUAAAAAAAGACACUAAAACACAUGAUAAAGAUGAAAAAAAUGCUGGCCAGAAAAAUAAACCAAAUGAAAAGCUGCAAGAGCAACCAAGGAAGUCUGGUAGGGGGAGUAGUCCACACUCAAAGAGUGAACAUUCAAAGAGUCUUCAUGAAUCGCGUAAAUGUCGGAUGGAAGAACCUAGAAAAGGAAGAGACAUUGACUGCAAGAGAGACAGGGGAACAAAUGAUCAUACUUCUCGAGAAGGAAGGACUUCACCUCCUAAUUCCAACAGCAGAGAGCAUAAAUACGUGCGCUUGAAGGAAAAUAGUAGCAGAUAUGAAUGGGAAACAGCACAUUCCAAAUCAGAAAGACACAGAACUGAAGAAAAAAGGAAAAGAGAAAGAGACAAUCAGGAUGAAAAUAGACAUUUUAGAAAUGAAAGAAAAGUUGCAAAAGAGAUUUCUCACCAGUCUGGAAAAGAAUCCAAGAAAGGUUCAGAUUGUACAAAAAGUGAGAGAAACAAGUCCUAUAAGCUAGAAGAAACAUACAGAGUAGCAGAUAGCUUAAAAGACCAUAAAAUCUCCAAAACUAAAGAUGAUCACACUGGGACAAAAAGCAAAGACUUAAAACUUAGCUUUAUGGAAAAGCUAAAUUUAACUCUCUCUCCUGCUAAGAAACAAUGUCUCUCUCCAACAGAUGGGCUUAAAACACCUUCCCAAAAGGUCACUGAUGAGGGAAGUGCAGAGCUUACGCUGCAGGCAGAACUGUUUGAUUCUGCCCACCCUGUUAACUGUGGUCCCGCAGAGCAAGCUAAUUCAACACUACAAGUUCUGGUCAGUGCAGCUCAAAGCAAUGAGGAACCAGCACUGCCUAUUUCUGUCAAUUCUGAAAAUGAAGCCUUGAAAGUAGCAGCAGCAGAUCCAGCACAGUCUGAAGCUUUGCCAGUAGUGGCAACAGAUGAACUGAGCUCAGAAGCCUUACCAGAAGCAGGUCAGGUACAGCCCCAAGCCUUGCCAGAAGCAGCAGAGGUGCUGGUUCCUGAUGAGAGGCAGGCUGAAACGUCAGCAGCAGCAGAGGCUUGUGGUCUGGUGGAAUUGGAACCCUCAGCAACAGCAGCAGCAGCAACAGAUCUAAAUCACCCUGAACCUUUGCCCCUGGAGCUGUCAGGAAGUGUGGCAGAGUGUGAAAACUUGCCUGUGACAGUGGGUGUGAUGCAGGAUGAUAAUGGACCAGCAGCAGAAGUGGCACAAUCUGAACCUGCCAGUGAAAGUAUGGGAACCCUUCCAGAAUCAGCAGCAGAGAAGAAAGAGGAAGAUAAAAUAUGGCUAACUGCUGACAUAGAAAGCUCAGCAGACCAACGUGGCUCCCAAAACCAUGUCUUAGAUGACUCAGAAGCCAAAAGUUCUGGUGACCUGGAGUCCUGUGAUGCCGCAGAUGAUACUAGCGAAACAAAACCAGACUCUUUCAUGGAAGUAGUGAAGGACGAUGAUCACUUGGCUGCAGAAAAGGUUGAGUGUUCCGUUGAGGAAAAGGGUAUCUGUGAAAUUAAUAUGAGUACAUCUCAAUCACCUGACAGAACUAUGUUAACUGAUAAGGACGAACCAUUACUUGACCCAAAUGCUGGUGAACUGGACCCAGACCUAACUGAAAUCAGUACUGCAGCAUCUUCUCUUAGUGGUGAGAUGUAUCCUAGAACUAAAGAGAGAGAAACUAACCCAGUUCCUGUUGAUGAUGAGAGCUCAAUCCUGAGCAUUGAUCUCAAUCACUUGAGGUAUAUUCCGAAGGCAAUCAGCCCACUGAACAGUCCAAUGCGCCCUUUGGCUAAAGCCCUUAAGAUGGAAAGUCCCUGCAAAGGUCUUGGGAAGAAUUAUAACAAAGAUUUAGUUCCUGAAAGUACAGUUGUCGUCUGUCCAUCAAAGAAUUUAUCAAAGGAGGUAAACAAAGAAAAUCAAAAGCCAGUUAGCAUGUCUGAUGAACACUUAGAGGUGGAGUCCCAGCUGAGUAUCUCUUCAGAUGAAAUAGAAGAAGGAGAAAUCAUAAGUAGUGAUGAAGAAAAAUCUAAACCAGAAAGAUGCUCUGAAAAACCAAAAAAGUCAAGACCGAAAAAUUCUCCUGAGACACGAAAUUUGGCUAGCAGUCCGCAGAAUCAAAAGAGCAAAACUGUGCGUUGCAAUGAAGAUAAUGGAAAAUUUGUUUCUGUUAAAGUAAGUACAAAGAAGAACAGAGAGAGGCACAAAAAUCAUACUUUCAGAUCUUCAAAGGAUAUGAAGAAAAACAAAACUGUGAGCAUUGCUUGUCUUGAAAAAAUAGUUCAUGUUAUUGUUGAACCUUCAAAUGUACAAGAAAUCAUGCAGAUGCUAAGAGCUAUACGAAAGCAGAUGAGGAAGAAUUAUAUGAAGUUCAAGGUACACUUUCCAGCUCAGCAUUUUCACAGGAUUAUAGAAUCUGGUAUAAUAAAUUUUACAUCAUUGAUAAAAUACUUGAACUUUUCCAAGAUGUCUACAUUAGGUGAGACAUUAAAAUUUAAUAUCUGUGAUAUUAUAGAGUCCAAACUUAAGCAAGUUAAAAAGAAUGCAAUAGUGGACAGUCUUUUUGAGCAACAGGUAUCAGAUAUGAAAAAACAGUUAUGGAAAUUUGUAGACGAACAGCUUGAUUACUUGUUUGAAAAGAUAAGGAGAAUUAUAAUAAAACUAUGUGAUGUGGUAAAAGUGGGAAAUGAGAGUGAGGAAAGGAAGUUUGAAAGAGCAGGAAAGCAAAAACACAAAAUCAGUCAUAAAAAUGAUGUGCAAAGAUCUAGAAAGAAGUCCCUGAAAACCAGAUCUCAAAAGCCUGAAGAAUAUAUCCUUUCGAAGCAGAUUGUGGAUUAUCAACGACCUAAGUGUCACCCUGAGAAAAAUAAAACAGAUGCACCAAAAGCUGCCUUUACAAAAUGUCUUAACUCCAUUGAUAACACAAGGAAUUCCCAAACCAAAGUGCACCUCUCUAAAGAGAAUAAUUUGCAAGGCACUCUAACUCCAUUGAAGGGGGUAAAAUAUGAAAAGGAAGGAUUUCCGCUAUCCAGAGAUGCUAACAAGUCUGAUCUUAGUUAUGAGCUUCUCACAGAACAACAAGCGUCCAGUCUUACAUUUAAUCUUGUAAGUGAUGCUCAAAUGGGUGAAAUUUUCAAAAGCUUACUGCAAGGUUCUGAUCUCUUGGAAAAAAAUGGUGGCAGUAUCGACAGACAUGAGUGGGAAUUCAGGACACCGGAAAAACAGUUUUUAGACAGUCAUAAAUGCAGAGGUAAUGUGGCUGGACUGGUGCAAGAGAUAGCUCCAAAGGAGGCUUGUGUGGACUCUCAACCAGUAGAAGAUAUUAACUGGCCUAUUGUUUCACCUGUAAGAGCUCCCUCUUUAACAUCUAGGCUUCAGAUGUCUGUUGAUCCAGACGUACUAGAUGAAAGCUGUAUGUUUGAGGUUGCUACAAAUGCAGCUUCAUGCAAAGAAGAUGAAUGCAGUUUGCAAAAGAAUAAAUCGUUUGUUUCUUCUAUCCUUCUUGAAGAUUUGGCAGUUUCCUUAACUAUUCCAUCACCUUUGAAAUCAGAUGCUCACCUCAGCUUCCUAAAACCUGAGAAUAAUUCUAGCUCAACCCCUGAGGGUGUUCUCAGCGCACAUUACAGCGAAGAUGCACUUCUUGAAGAGGAGGAUGCCACUGAACAAGACAUUCAUUUGGCUUUAGAAUCUGAUAACUCAAGCAGUAAAUCAAGUUGUUCUUCAUCAUGGACAAGCCGGCCUGUUGCUCCUGGUUUUCAGUGUCGCCCCAGUCUACCUAUGCAAGCAGUAAUCAUGGAGAAAUCCAAUGAUCAUUUUAUUGUAAAGAUCAGGCGUGCGGUGCCAUCUGUCUCGUCGGCAUCUGAUCACAUGGCUUCAGUGAAGGAAGCACGGGCAUCCUCAACCAAGAAUGAGAAAGAAGAAAUGAGAAGUGGGGAGAAAGAAAGGGGCAGUCAGAGCACCACAACAGCCACUGUGCAGGACACUGUCAAACCAGAUCUGGUUAAGACAGAUCAGUUGCCUCACUUCAGCACUGAACAAGAACAAAAUCCUGCCUUACCUCAGCCUCCAAAGGAGUCGCAUAACUGUGUUGGAAAUGAAGAAACUACUGGGCUGCUUGGACCCUGUAGAAAAUCUUCAGACACAGAGAACCAUGACACUGAAAGCCCAGAUGAAGGCUCUAAGCAAUCUCAGACACACAAAUUGAAAGUAUCUGAAAAAGCAAAUGAAAUGGUUGUUAGAUCUCAAGCUUCUUUUCCUGCUGGAUGCAGCGUAGAGUCAUAUGUAGACUUAACAGAUGAAACUGUUAGUGAAACAUCAUGUCUUACAGUGGAAUCCACUGCAGAUAACAGGACUCAGGAAACUUCUACAACUAACUCAGAGAACAGUGAUAAAAAGGAAGAACUGGAAGAGUGCUCUGACGCAUUUAUAGACUUAACAGAAGAGCUUUCCAACGAGACUGUAGCAGGUGAAUGUAAUCUUGAAACAAAAUCUAGCUCAAACUCUGAUGUAGCAUGCCAGAUAAUUAUAGAUGAUAAAACUAGUAAAAAAAGGAAAAAGGAGGCUGUCAGAGAUAAUUCCAACUCAAAAAGGCAACGAAAAGAAACCGAAUCAGCAAGUGAAGGGGGUGAUGCAAGUGAUGUGAAACCUGAAGAGGUAAAUUCAGCACCCAAACGAUGUUCCAGUAAGAAGAAUGAGUUGCAGCAGAACAAGGACUCUUCUCCUUCAGCUUCGUCUGCAUCAUCACCCAGUCUGUAUGCCAAAAACAUCAUUAAAAAGAAGGGAGAAGUAGUAGUUUCCUGGACAAGAAAUGACGACCGAGAAAUUUUACUGGAAUGUCAGAGAAAAGGACCAUCAAGCAAAACGUUUGUUUCCUUAGCCACUAGGCUGAACAAAAGCGCAAAUCAGGUUUCAGAAAGAUUCAAGCAGUUAAUGAAGCUGUUCAAGAAAUCCAAGUGCAAGUAAACUUGCCACCAAGUUGCUUCAUGGUUACAGGGUUUAGCUGUUACCAGCAACGAUGGACAACAACCACUGCAUUUAUAUGGUGGGAUUAGUGGGAGGUAUCCAAGUCAGAAUACCAAGUUUGGUAAACUGAUGCACUGUUGAUUAUUUACUUCCCUGUCCAUUUUUCCUCUGAAGUGCUUUAUCAGUAUAACACAGAGGGAACUUUACAAGCAAACGGGCUAGGAGAGAAUGUGCACGUGCAAAUGAAGUAUCAUUUCAAGGAGGUGACAUCUCCUGUGGGUUAAAUGCAUUCUAUAAGCAAAGCCAAGGGCAUGCAGUCAAGUGAAAAUGGUGGCUCUUGCUUAACUUGUUGGAAGUCCUGCAUAUGGUGAUGUUGAACUAUGAUUUUAAGAAGUAAAAGUGCUUUGGAAUCCAGUUGGUAGAUAAUCGUGGGAAAUGACAGGUACAACAUCUUGGUUACCUUGAAACUUAUUUUAAGAAGUUAGGCCUUUUUCCUUUUAAAAUAAGGUAGGAGAAUGAUAGCAGUAAUUCCGAAAGCUGCUUAUCUAGUCAUCAGAUUCUGAUGGUAAGGAAUUGGUGGUUCUUGCUUCUUUGUCAGUUGCUCAUAGUGGGUUUCAAGGAGAGAAUCUGGUACUUGAGUGUAGGCUUUGUCUUCAACUUUAAGCCCAUUAUCUAAGCCAUUUCUUGAUGACUCCAGUGUUCAACAGAAGUGAAUGAAUUUCUCUUCGAGGGUACCCAUCUGUCAUUGACAAUGGAGAAAAUCUAAUGCCUUGCAGUUAAAAACGUUUUCUGAUGCUGUUUAAAAAGACUUAGUGUUGAAUUUUGAAUAUUUGGGGAGGCAGUCCAUGAAAAAUAUAUUCGAUUUUUUUCCUUUUUUUUUUUUUCCCCUUUGGAAAAGGCUAAUAAGUUUUUCUGCUCCAAAUUACAUCUGGGAAAGGUACUUAAGUUAGGGCUUCAACAUAAUGAACAUCCUAUUUUGUUAAAAAAAUAAAUUUUUACAACUUGUUUUCUUUUUCAAAUUAAUUUAGAAACAGACUUCUACGGUUUUAUAAAAUGUGACUUUAUGCUUACUUACUAACCAGGAGAAAAACUUUUCUGUAAAAACAAGCAGUUGCAAAAGCUUGUCAACUUGGCAUGUUUUGACAGUAAUUGUAUCUAUCUUUACAAAUUGUUUAGUACAUCAGAAAAUCAUUAUGUUCUUUUUUAAAGAACUCUUAUAACUGCUUCCAGUUUUACUAGUACAUACUAAAAGUGUGUGUGUGUGUAUUUAUGUGUACACACACACAUCUCCUAUAUGUUGCUGCUUUAUCCCAAAUUUGUGAGGAGUUGGAAUUUUGGUUUUUUUUUUUUUCUUCCCCCUAAGAAGCAUUCCUGGAAGUUGCACAGGUUUUUGUAUUAUGAAUUCAUUAAUAUUUGAGGUUUUAUUCUUUACUGAGGAUCGGAAUUGCUGUAGUCUUUAUUCAGUCAGAUGUCCUGAGUUUAGUUAGACUUUGUUUAAGAGCGCCACCUAAGUGCAUUGCCUUUCAGCUUGGAUUAAAUUGGCUUUUUUUUGGAAUCCAAUGACUGCUUUUUCAGUUGCAGCACAAUGGUUUUUUUGUUCCCUCUCCAACUAAUGGGACAGACUUCUUAUUCUAAUAAACCAUCAGAGAGUUUCUCAGUGAAGUUGCCACUGACACCUUUGGAGUAUCGUAAACGUGACCCAUGGAAUGGAUUGUCAUGCUGCCAAACAGUGGCUCGUCCUCGUUUUAGGCAGUGCUCUGGGUACUGUUACAAGGAAUGACUUGAGUAGGUAAUGAUGUCAGCAGUUCUGGCAGUCUUCCACCUUACGUGCUUGCUUCUAAAAUGUUUGCUUUUGAUGACCAAGUUCAUCUUCCAUGCUACGCCAGCAGCGCCUAGUGAUUUCAGUGGGGGAUCAGUAUACCUACCCAUGCUUGUUCUUAACAAACGUUUAUGACAAUUGUUUACUUAUUGGAGAGUUUAAUCUAACUGAAUCUGUUCUCAGAACAGUGAGUGUGCAGAGUAGCAUUCAUGUUUGUGGAAGAAUCAGGCUCUACUAAAGAGUAUUCUUUUAACCAUAUCCUUGGAGAUCAAAACGUGCACAGUACUGAAGGCACUGAGGGAAGUAGCUUCUCUCCACUUAAGUGCUUCCUCUCUGUCUUGGAAAAGCAGGCAGUAUUUUAUUAUGAAGUUGUUUAUGCCUUGUCUGUGUUUAUUUACUUUCUUAUCUGUACAGGUGAUGGGGGGGCGGGGUUUGACUGUUUUGGUUCUGACUUGGAUUCCUUUUUUGUAAAUUAUGAAACUUUUUUUAAUGUUCUGUCUAUUGUAAGUAUGUGUACAGGUUCUUACAUGGUCAUGUAAAAUAUCUGAUAUGUAUAUAUAUAUAUAAAUAUAUGUAUAAAAAUAGAGAGAGCUUUGUUUAGCCAAAGAUGAUUUUUUUAACUAUAUAAAACUCCAGGUUUAUUUUGUAUAAACUAAAUAGUUUGCUUACUGUAAGAGUAAUGCAAAAAAUAAAACUGUAAAAUUCACACACAUAUGUUCUUGUCGAACAGAGGUUGGCUUGGGGUGGUUUUGUACCACUGUUUGUAAUUUAUUUCUCCAACAAGCAUUUUGAUACAUAUAUGCAAAAUGUACUGUAUGUAAAUCUACAGUCUUAUUUGUGAAACCUCAGGAAAAUGAAACCAUUUUGUAGAACUGUUGGCUUGACAACUACAAGUGCUGUGAAGCAGCAUUAAAAUUGACUUCUGUUAGUUUGUAUAAAUGAGUAGCUAUGUUGAUGUUCUGGCCAAUAAACAUGGAAGUAAUCAGUGGCUGCUCUGAUGCAAUUCCUGCUCUGAAUA